CUCGGGCAAGAUGUAGGCUUCUAUUGUCUUGUAGCUUUAGUGCCUACGCCCCGCCUCUGGUGGCUGCCUAAAACCUGGCGCCUGGCUAAAACAAACGGAAGGCAGCCCCUGAGCCUCCACUCAAUCCAAUUAAGGCGGACUUGGUCCACUCCGUUACGUGUACAUCUAACAAGAUCGGCGUUAAGGUAACACCAGAAUAUUUGGCAAAGGGAGGGGGAAAAAGCAGCGAGGCUUUGCCUUCCCCCCUCUCUCUCUCUUUUUUUUUUUCCUCCUCUUCCUUCCUCCUCUAGCCGCUGCCGAAUCAUGUCGAUGAGUCCAAAGCACACGACUCCUUUCUCUGUGUCUGACAUCUUGAGUCCCCUGGAGGAAAGCUACAAGAAAGUGGGCAUGGAGGGGAGUAACCUCGGGGCUCCGCUAGCGGCAUACAGACAGAGCCAGGUAGCCCAGCCGGCUAUGCAGCAGCAUCCGAUGGGUCACAACGGGACCGUGACUGCCGCCUACCAUAUGACCGCUGCUGGGGUACCCCAGCUCUCACACACCGCUAUGGGGGGCUACUGCAACGGCAACCUCAGCAACAUGAGCGAACUGCCUCCUUAUCAGGAGACCAUGAGGAACAGCGCCUCGGCCACAGGCUGGUAUGGGGCCAACGCGGAUCCACGCUUCCCCUCUAUCUCCCGCUUCAUGGGCCCCACGAGCGGCAUGAACAUGAGCGGCAUGGGAGGCCUGGGCCCUCUGGGGGAUGUAAGCAAGAACAUAGCCCCGCUGCAGAGCGCGCCGAGGCGAAAGCGCCGGGUCCUCUUCUCCCAGGCGCAGGUGUACGAACUGGAGCGGCGCUUCAAGCAGCAAAAGUACCUGUCGGCUCCUGAGAGAGAACACCUGGCCAGCAUGAUCCACCUUACACCAACCCAAGUAAAAAUCUGGUUCCAAAAUCACCGUUACAAGAUGAAGCGACAGGCCAAGGACAAGGCCGCCCAACAGCAGAUGCAGCAGGACAGUGGCUCCUGCCAACAACAGCAGCAGUCCCCACGGAGGGUGGCGGUACCGGUUUUGGUCAAGGAUGGCAAACCAUGCCAGGCGGGGUCUAACGCCUCUAGCGCUGCUGGCCUCCAAGGUCACCAGCAGCAGGGGUCCGCGGCUGCGGCCAUCACUGUGUCCAGCAACGGCACCAGUCUGAGCCAGCACCCGAAUCACCAGUCCAGCAGCGCUGGUCAGUCCCCAGAUCUGGCCCAGCACUCAGCCAGUCCUUCAUCCCUUCAAAGUCAAGUGUCCAGUUUGUCCCACCUGAACUCUUCGAGCUCGGACUAUGGCGCUGCCAUGUCCUGUUCUACCUUGCUAUACGGUAGGACCUGGUGAAAAAGAUUUCAUACCAAAAACAAAUGAGCCCUCCCUCCACUCUCCACAAUCACACACACACACACACACACACACACACACACACACACACACACAUUGAAUCAAAUCCGCUGCUCCCACGUUAUAUUUCAACUUUUCCUAGUAAUCUGUCCGUUUAAACAAAAGCAACAAAAACCAAACUGCUGGACGCCUUUCUUUUCUGUGCUUUUUAAUUUGUUGUGUUUUAAUAGAAGCAAAAAAGUGAAUUUAAGGUUUCUUUAAGGAAUCUUUAAACAGAAAAAGACGGACAGAAUAAGAAAUUAGGGGUUUCUCUUAGGUGAUGAAAAUGGGUUUAAACGUCUGAAUGAGGCUUUUCCGAGAGGGCCAUAGUGAUUUUGGACUUUAUAAGUACAUGUAUGUGUGUGUAUGUGUGUGUGUGUAUGUAUAUCGCACAGAUAUAUCAUAUGCAUAUACAUGUAUAUAUAUGCAAACGUAUAUAC